AUGCGUUUCUGGCAAAUCGUACUGCUUGACGUGCUGCUGUGCUUGGUCGGCUGCUUGGCGAUGCGCAAGCAGGGCGUAGCCGUCCGCGGACACCUAUUGUGCGGACUGCGCCCGGCCAACAACACCAAAGUCCGUAUUGUCGACAUCGACUACGGACUAGAUCCGGAUGAUACCUUGGACGAGAAGCGUGUAGACGAAAGUGGCCGUUUUGAAUUGAGUGGAACGACUCACGAACUGACACCAAUUGAUCCCGUACUGUACAUUUGGCAUGAGUGCAGAGAUGAAAAAACACCAUGCUCACGCAAAAUCAAGCUCGUUAUUCCGAAGAAGUUCAUCCACAACGGAAAUCCAACAGCUGAGCAGUGGAUCGACCUUGGUACUUUUAACCUCGAAGGCGCGUUUGAUGAUGAAGGGCGAGAAUGCAUCAACUAA